AUGUUGCGUUUCCAGCGAUUUGCAUCUUCGUAUGCACAGGCACAGUCGGUUAGAAGAUAUCCAGUUGGAGGUAUACUACAUGGCUAUGAGGUGAGAAGGAUACUGCCCAUCCCAGAGCUGAGACUCACGGCGGUGGAUCUGGUACAUCUGCAAACAGGAGCCGAACAUUUGCACAUUGAUAGGGAUGACAAGAACAAUGUAUUCAGCAUUGCAUUCAAGACCAACCCACCUGACGCCACCGGUGUACCCCAUAUUCUGGAGCAUACAACGUUGUGCGGGUCUGUGAAGUACCCAGUUAGAGACCCCUUCUUCAAGAUGUUGAAUAAGUCAUUGGCGAAUUUUAUGAAUGCUAUGACAGGGCCAGAUUACACAUUUUUCCCCUUUUCCACUACAAAUCCUCAAGAUUUUGCUAACUUAAGAGGCGUUUAUUUAGAUUCCACUUUAAAUCCGCUACUGAAACAAGAAGAUUUCGACCAGGAGGGUUGGAGGUUGGAGCAUAAGAAUGUUACGGACCCGGACAGCAACAUUGUAUUUAAAGGGGUUGUUUAUAAUGAAAUGAAAGGUCAGAUAUCCAAUGCUAAUUACUAUUUCUGGAGCAAGUUCCAGCAGUCCAUUUACCCCUCUCUGAAUAAUUCCGGUGGAGAUCCGAUGAAAAUUACAGACUUGAAGUACAACGACCUCUUGGAUUUUCAUCACAGGAAUUAUCACCCCUCCAACGCAAAAACUUUUACAUACGGUAAUUUACCGUUAGUGGAGACAUUGAAAUGUUUAAAUCAACAGUUUGCUGGAUAUGGAAAGAGGGCACGCAAAAAUAAAUUGCUUUUGCCUAUCGAUUUGAAGGAAAAUUUAGAUGUCAAAUUAUCGGGUCAAAUAGAUACCAUGCUUCCGCCAGAAAAGCAAUUAAAAUCCUCGAUGACAUGGAUAUGUGGAGCGCCGCAGGAUACAUAUAAGACUUUCUUGCUGAAGGUGUUGGGAAGCCUAUUAAUGGACGGCCACUCUUCCGUGAUGUACCAAAAACUAAUAGAAUCAGGAAUUGGUUUGGAAUUCUCCGUAAACUCCGGCGUUGAGCCAACUACAGCUGUGAAUCUGCUGACUGUAGGUGUUCAGGGAGUGAAUAAUAUUCAAGUAUUUAAGGAAACUGUGAACAGUAUAUUCCAGCAACUGUUAGAAACAGAACAUCCAUUUGACCGCAGACGUAUAGAAGCGAUAAUCCAACAACUGGAACUAUCUAAGAAGGAUCAAAAGGCUGAUUUUGGUCUUCAAUUACUAUACUCCACACUACCUGGUUGGACAAACAAAAUUGAUCCUUUUGAGAGUUUGCUGUUUGAAGAUGUUUUGCAAAAAUUCAGAAAGGACUUAAAAACCAAGGGUGAUACUUUAUUCCAGGAUUUAAUACGGGAAUAUAUUAUUGAUAAGCCAUGUUUCACGUUUUCUAUUCAAGGUUCUGAAGACUUCUCCAAGUCUCUGGAAGAUGAAGAGCAAACGAGGUUAAAGGAAAAAAUCUCUACUUUAGAUGAACAAGACAGAAAAAGCAUUUUUGAACGUGGCAUAUUAUUGCAGGAGAAACAAAACGAAAAAGAAAAUUUAUCGUGUCUGCCCACCUUACAAAUAAAAGACAUUCCAAGGACUGGUGAUAAAUACUUCAUUGAUGAGAAGAACAUCACAAUGUCCAGAAUUACUGAUACCAAUGGUAUAACAUACAUCAGAGGUAAACGUUUAUUAAAUGAUAUGAUUCCAUACGAACUCUUUCCAUACUUGCCCCUUUUUGCUGAAUCGUUGACUAAUAUAGGAACGACGAAGGAACCGUUCAGUGAGAUAGAAGAUCAAAUAAAAUUGUAUACUGGCGGCAUCUCGACGCAUGUGGAAGUCACACCUGAUCCUAACACUACGGAACCUCAUUUGAUUUUUGGGUUUGAUGGGUGGUCUUUAAAUUCUAAAAGUGAUCAUAUUUUUGAAUUCUGGUCUAAAAUCUUGCUAGAAACUGACUUCCGUAAAAACAGUGACAAACUAAAGGUCCUUAUUCGGCUACUAGCAUCUUCAAAUACAUCUUCUGUGGCGGAUGUUGGCCACUUAUUUGCAAAAGGGUAUUCUGCUGCCCAUUAUAGAUCAAGUGGAGCUAUUAAUCAAACAUUGCAUGGCGUCAAACAAUUGCAGUUUAUCAAUAAACUGCAUAAUCUACUAGAAAAUGAAGAAACAUUUCAGAGGGAAGUCGUCGAUAAGCUGAUUGAAUUACAGAAGUAUAUUAUAAAUUCCAAGGACAUGAUGUUCUUUGUCACUUCAGACUCUGAUGCUCAAGCGCAAUUGGUAGAAACUCAGAUUUCAAAAUUCAUAAAGAAGCUACCUAACGACAAGCGCUCACUUAAUGGACCAAAGACAUCAGACUACCCUCUGAUCGAAUCGAAAGGUAAACCAACUUUGAUAAAGUUCCCAUUUCAAGUUCAUUAUACCUCGCAGGCUUUAUUGGGUGUACCAUACGCACAUAAGGAUGGCGCUGCACUGCAAGUUAUGUCAAACAUGUUGACGUUCAAACACUUGCACAGAGAAAUAAGAGAAAAGGGUGGCGCUUAUGGUGGUGGCGCCUCUUAUAGCGCCUUAGCGGGCAUCUUUAGCUUCUAUUCCUAUAGAGAUCCUCAGCCCUUGAACAGCUUAGAAUGUUUCAAAAGUAGUGGACAGUACGUAUUGGACGAUGCUAAAUGGGGUAUGACGGACCUUGACGAGGCGAAAUUGACAAUCUUUCAACAGGUAGACGCACCUACGAGCCCCAAAGGUGAAGGUGUGAUGUACUUUAUGUCUGGUGUAACGGAUGAUAUGAAACAGGCAAGAAGAGAACAGCUUUUGGACGUAUCCCUUCUAGAUAUUCAUAGAGUCACCGAAAAGUAUUUGUUGAACAAAGAAGGAGUGAGCACUUUGAUUGGACCGGCAAUUGAAGGCAAGACAGUUUCACCUAAGUGGGAGAUCAAGGAACUGUAG